ACGUGUAAUUUAAAUUAUCAUCGUCACUGUCAAAGUGUUUCUACUUUUUAAUUUUAGUACGUGUCAAUUCCGUCGAAGCGCUGCUGUUCAUACUUAUUUUGGUCACGUGACCAAUUCAACCGCCAAAAUAAUUGUCAUUUUUUUUCGCCGACCCACAGAAUUUUCUGUCGUUAGCAGAAAACGGUUAAUUUCCUCGCAUUUCUUGAGUUUCUAUCGUUAAAAACACUCUAAAACACGUGUUAAGCCUUUGGCUGAAGUGAAACGUUAUUAAAAACUUGUAAUUAUGGCAAAAGUGCACAUAACCAAUGUUGUUGUACUCGACAAUCCGAGUCCGUUUCUAAACCCUUUCCAAUUUGAACUAACCUUCGAAUGCAUCGAAGAACUAAAAGAAGACUUAGAAUGGAAGAUGAUAUACGUUGGAUCGGCGGAAACGGAGGAGCACGACCAAGUUCUAGACACGAUAUACGUCGGCCCGAUACCUGAAGGGAGGCACAUGUUUGUUUUCCAAGCGCCACCACCUGAUGUGACACGGAUACCUGAAAACGACGCUCUAGGCGUCACUGUAGUGCUCCUAACGUGUUCCUACAGAGGCCAAGAGUUCGUCAGAGUAGGAUAUUUCAUAAAUAACGAAUACUCUGAAUCGGAGCCAGAAUUACGUGAGAAUCCGCCACCGAAGCCCCGUUUUGACAAAGUAGUGAGAAAUAUUCUCGCUUCGGAGCCCCGUGUGACUAGAUUUAAGAUUAAUUGGGCCGAACCUGACGCGGCAGCGGCUACGGACUCCGGUGACGGUAAUUUGGAAACAUCGCACGCUCCUAGCAAUGAUUCUUACGGGGCAUCGUUUAAUGCAGAUAGUCAGAUCAGUGGGAUUGAGUUCCAAGGCAGUUUAAGUGGCUAUGGUGAUAAUUCUAACUCAAUUGCGCCUAUGGAAUGCUGAGAUUACCAAAUAGUAGUGUAACAAAGUGAUUUGCUGGAAGUAGAAUAAAUAUGGACUUGUAUUGUGAAGUGUUUGAGUAGCAAUGCUGUAUCAAUUGCUCGAAUUUAUUGCACAGUCAGUAUAAUAAAGUUGCUGUUUUAUAAAAACUAGUGUAAGAACCAUGCUUCGGAAUAAAUGGGCUGGCUUGACCGCAGUGAUACCAUGGCCUCACAGAAAACUGGUGUUUCGGGUGUCCAUGGGCGGCGCUGAUCGCUUACCAUCAGGUUAUAGGUCUGCUCAUUGGCGCCCUUUUCCAUAACAAACAUAAAAAAAACACUUUUCAGUGUCAUCCCCAUACAUUGAAGUUUCUAGAGAGACUAGAGAUUGCUAUGAUUUAUCAAUCCCGAGUUUAAAUCAAGAUCCCAUCCUUUUGAGCAUUUCAGCUCUGAUAAAACUAGUUCUAAAUGGCCUUUGGCUUAUAGCACUGGAUUCUCAUUGGAACUAAUAGAGAAUUUAUUGAAAAGUGUAAUCUGUUUCUUUUUGUGCUUUGGUCAGGCUUAGGCUUCAGUAAUUCUGUCUCUUGCGUUAAAUUUCACUGAGGGAAGUGGUUUCUGCUCUAAUUAUUUCUUCUGGUUUAUUUCGUUGCGGGAUCCAAGACAGUUAUUCAGUCCCUAAGAUGGGCCGAAGUUUUUAUAAAACAGUAACUUAGCAUUUGACUGAGGAUCGAAGUUUGUAUUCAUGAUUUAGGACUAGUAUAGUGUAUAAUAUUAAUAAUAGUGAUUUUUUGUGAAGACCUACUUUAUUAGAGGGACUAUUUUAUUCUAUAAUGCAAUAGACUCUUCUUCUAAAUUAAUUAUUAUGUUAUCGGCUUACUCAUGUAUUUGUUUGACGAUGAACUUCGACUAGUUACGACAAUCGCCGCGUCGUGUGUCGCGGAAUGCUGCUCAUGAAUAUGAGCCUCUAGCAUGGCUUGAAACUAGUCGAGUUACUCGUCAAACAGUUACGUGAGUAAGCCGAUAACAUAAUAAUUAAUUUAGUAUGUCUCACGAAAAUUAUAAUAAAACUCUUCUUCUGUUAAAGUAGUAUCUUCUAAUAACCCAUUGUGACAUGAACUUAUAUUAAGUUAAAAAAAAUACAAGACAAAUACAUAAUAACAUAAAUAAACUCUUAAAAAAAAACAGUGACAAUGAGAUUUUCUCUUUGAAAACUAUGAAUGUAAUAUGGUUUUUAACAGAUAUACAAUAAAACAUAGUGGGUUUUACAUCGUAUGUGCACUUCUGCCUACCCCAUGACGGAUUAAAUGGCGUUAUUGUUACGUUAUGUUAAACUCACUACUAACAUGUUACUAAUUUAAAAACUAGCGUAUGUAACGAAAUUUUCUCUCAAUUUUAGUGUUUACAAAUGACCCCUAAACCGGGUUCAUUAGACCCCUAAUUUUUGGGCCGUUGGGUUUGUGAUCCGACAUAAUAUUUUAUUUAUUUUUAUAUCUAUACAUUUUGAAAUUAUGUUGUAUUUUUUCAUUCACUAGAGCUACAUGUCUUUUUUUAAUUUUAGGGGUCCUUAACUGAGGAUUGUAAUAUCUCAGUUAUAAGACAAUUAAAAAGAAUGCAAGGAAUUUAGUUCUAAACAAGUGAUUAUGAUUAAGGUAUGUUGUUUAAAAACUAGGUAAUAUGAUAUAUAGGGGAUUUGAAUAAGGUAUUUAUACAUUUUAUAACGCUAUGGGGUCGAAAGACCUAAGUUGAUAAGCAAAUGUAAAGUGUUUUAGUUCAAUUUUUAGACUUAAGUGGUUGUUAUUAAGAUUCAUUAUUAAGUAAGUUUGGUUUUUUACUAAAAAAAGUUGAUUUUUAAGCAGUUUUGUUGGCGAUUGGUUAUCUCUAUUAAUUACUAUUUCAAAUAUUUUCUAGCCACGUGUUUAGGCUACGAUAAGAUCACAACUAAAGGCCAAAAUUUAUAAUAUAUUACUGCCUGUCCAAAACUCCAUUUCUGACCUUAUAUCGAUAGAAUUUCUGACAAAAACUUUGUAUUGAUCCAGAUUUUUUGGAUUAAGAUCGAAUACCAAUUUUGUCUUCUAGAUUAUUUUCUAUAGAAUCUGGCCAAAAAAAUGGCGCGAUUUGAAAAAUCAAGAACUUAUUAUCCUUUAUAAACAGGAUAUAAACGGACUGAACCCUAAAAAACGGAUAAAAAGUAAUCCAACUCGUGUUCAAGCAGUAUAUAGCUAGGGUUAACUGUACGCUUACGCUUAGUAUGAGUUUGCUUUAAGUUUGGCGCUCUGAUUGGUUGGUUUAUUCGAGCUGGCCAAUCAAAGCGCCGAACGCACUCUCGUUUCGAUUACGUUAAACGUAAAGCAAACUCGUACUAAGGGUACCUACAGCUCUUGAUUUUUAAAACGGGCGUCAUUUUUUCUACAUCUUUUAAGUUUAAGAAUGGUGUCGACUGCCUUUAAUUUCAAGUUGAGUGUAAUGUUUUAAGAAGAAAAUAUCUCGUAAUAUCAAAACGUAUGUAAAUUGUUGUAAAUAUAUUUGUGUUCUCAUAUUAUGUUAAGUGUAAAUUGCUUUUAGGUUUUAAUUGAUUAUUAAUACAUAGUUUAGAAACAA